UGUGCUCGCCGGAAGUUGGUAUGUUUGUGUUACUGUUACUCUGUUGGAAAAUGGAUUCCCGUGUAUGGGCAAUGAAGAGAUCAUGUAAUAUUUUUUUCAUGUAGCAGCUAAUGGUGGACCGUUUAAUACAGGAAAGGCACAACGCUUUAAAACGUUAGCUGAUAGUAUGUAAAGACAAAUGAAUCUUGCAUGUUUUCUCUACCACCAGUUUUCAUGUAUUUAAAAACAUGCAUUCUUGGACUGUGUGAAGAUGCUACAAGACUGCAGCCAAAGCACCAUGGACGCAAACCCUUUCGAGGUCAGCAGACGAGAGCGGGUGAAGGACAGAAGAAAACUCAAAGACAGGCGUCACCAGGUUUCAUGUGAGAACACCACCCCAAGCAUUUCCGGGAGCCCCGUAGGGAAAACUCGGAACUUAAUUCCCAUGGGAAGGCAGCUUUCCAGGACACCACCUCCUUCUGCAAAUAAAGGGCAAAGUUCCCAGACGUUAGCUGUGUCUCCUAAAGAGCAAAGGAAUGCUAAACAGCUACAUAGCUCAAAAACAAGAUGUGGAAAACAGGCAGUUGGAGGUUCUUUUGCUCCUGAAUGGAAGUCCCCCGGAGUGAGGAAUGGUCAUGAUCAGAGUGUCACAUAUUCAGAAGCCGUAAUUAAUCAAAGGGCAGAAUGCUCACCGCGGGCCCGGCUGGGUGAUGUUUCAUGCAGCAGAGCCACACCAAGCCGAGGUGCAGUUAAGGACACUGUUGCCAGUAGUGUAACCUCCAGCCCAGCGAGGAAACCUCUCAACUCCAUUCCGACAGGGAAGCAGCUACCUAGAACUCCUCCUUCUGCGAAUAAGAGGCGGGUCUUGCAGACACCCGUCUUGUCUCCUGAAAAGCUUAGAAGUCCGAAGCAACAGCGCAGAACAAAAUCAAGUAGCCAGAAUCAGGAUGUUGGAGGGUCUUGUGCUCAGGAUUGGAGGUCUCCUGGAGGGAGGCAAAAGAAUUUGAGACAUUCAGGUGCCAUAACUAACAGAAAGCCAGAGUGCUCUGCUCAGGGUGCCAUCAACCCCAACACGUGUCCUUCAGACUCUAAGGAUCUAGAAGUGCAUGAUGAAACAAGGGAAAAGGCUCUGCAGAGAAGAAGCACCAAGUCAUUUACAGCAAACCUCAGUGAAAUGGACCCAGAGAAGCUAGUGAAAGGAAUGCAAGGAUAUCAGUGGACUGAAGGAGACCUGGAAUUCGUCCAACACAUAAAGAACAUAAAACUGAUUCAACAAUUGAAGGAGGAAUUGAGCCAGUUACAAAAGCAGCUUAAAGGCGAGCAACUACAUAAAGAUCUAUUAUUGGCAAAAAAGGAGAAAAUACAGGCACAAUGUUUAGAAAUGGAUACCUCCUUUGACCAAAUAGUACAUCUUGGAAGAGCUUUCCUCUGUCGUACGCUGGACCCUGCCACAGUGGAGUCUAUACCCUCAGAUUCAGUUCUUGGUCGGGUCAGCAUUGCCAGUGUCAGACGUGUUUGUCAGCAGGAAAAACAGAAGCUACAAGCUCUGAAGAAAAAAGUGACAGACAUCCAACAACAAACAGCUGAAGUCACACAAAAAGAGCAAGGCCUCAGAAACAUGGAAAAACAUCAUCUUGAAGAAAUAGAACGUCUGAAAAGAGGAAUCCUUCUGGAACAGGAAAAUGUGAUUAAUAUGGAGAAAGAAUUGUCAGAUCUACAGUCCAAACUAUCAGAAUCACAGGAGAAGUUAGGAUCACUGAAACGUCAGGCACGAGAACAGAAAGCAUCAAAGGAGAGGAAAGAUCAGUCUCAUGACCUAAAGGGUAAAGAAGAUGUGAUCGUGGCCAAGGUCUUGCGGCGCUGCAGGAGACUGGAACGACGAAAAGAGCUUUUCUUAGAAAGGCAGAACAUUAUGAAAAGAAUACAUGUACCCAACUGUUGAAGCACCACAGGUGAAGUCCCCUCAUCCACUGCACUUCAAACCAGCGAAAGGCCAGGAGGCUGCAGGGGCCAUUGUGAAGCCUGGCCAGCUAGUCCCACUGUGUCCUUGGAAUCGCUCCGCCAGCUGUUCUCCAUUUCUUGGGGAUCCUGCACACAAAAGUCUGGGCUCUAACCUGCGAUUAGAGCGUGUGAGCUCCUUUACUGGUUCAGUCUUUUUGGGAGGUCCCCAUAGCAGGGUUUCUUAAAAUUCAAAAUUAAUUUAUUUAAAAGUUUAUUUCUAGAAACAGUACGGAGCGCACUAGGCUCAUUCAUGUUGUGCAUAUCGCAUCUUGAAAGCCUGGACAGUUUGUAUUUGCAAGCUGAAAUGUGGUCUUGGACAAAAUCCUGAACCGUGUUUGUUUUCCAAUGUUAAGUUCACCCCGAUAUUACCACUGACAUUAACAGUGUUAGUUUUCAGUCAUGGGAAGAACUACUGUGCAAAAUAUGUAUUUGACAUUAUAAAUGAAGACGUUAAUCACAGCCCACAUUGCUGGUAGCUGUAAGGUCUGAAUCAAGGAAUGGAACGAAAAGGUUUUAAUUUGGAAAAAUCUGAAUUGCCUUUUCAUUCAUGACUUCAGACUUGCAUGUUUUCUUCAAUACUGUUUAGUGAUGUUGAAAAUUGCAGGCAUAUAUGUGAAAUUGUGCAAUUUGUUCUCAGUCCUGCCUUUCAUCCAAAGCUUCUGGAAUAGUGUGUAAUCCCGAGACCCUACCAGAUCACACAGCUUCCUGAUGGAUGGUGUAGUGCAGACUUAUCAUAGAGUAACUUUUCUGUAAGAAGCUCAGCAUAUACUACUGCAUUUUCAUUGCCAAUAGACAAGAGUUUACAUUUUUGUUUACGGUUGUAUGAGGUUUUAGUUUUAUUGUGUAUCCUUCUAACCCAAUACAUUUUUAACAAACUAAGCAUUGCUGUAAGCACAAACUGUAUAUUGUUUAGGGUGACUCCUGUGCUUUACUUUUUUUUAGCAAGUUCUGAAUUUUGUUUAAACUUCUGUGUACUUAUUGUUGAUUACCUGCUACAGGCCUUUUAAGUGUCACUAAUAUCUCCAGAGUGAAGCAUCAGUUAAAGCAGGUUUGUGAGAGGAUUAAUAGAAACAUAUUUUGUUUUGAGUUUCUUUAGAAAUCCACCUUUUAUACCAUAAUUUAAUAACUGAAGUGGCAGUGGCUACCUAAAAUAAACACUCUAAGUUUAAACAAGUUUCAGACCAAAAAGAGUUGAUUCAAGAGGUGAAACAAUAUGUUUCAGCUAUACACAAAAAUGUAUUCAAUAAAGUAAAUUAUUUCUUAA